AUGGUUAACGAAAACAUCGAUGAACAAAUUUUAACACUUUAUAGUGAAGAAAAGUGGAUGGAUAUUGUUACUUUAAAUUGUACUUUAAAUAAAUUAAACAAAAGCAGAUUAUUUUGGGUUCUACCAACUGUUAAUGACUUAUAUUUUUUAAAAGAAUUAAUUAAGAAAUACAAUCUGGUUGGAUUAGCAAGCAUAGGCUGCGGCUGCGGUUUAUUAGAAUGGUUGUUUCAAAAAUAUUCUGGUUUAGAUGUGAUCGGUGUAGAAUUAGAUCGCUCGUGGUGGUGUAGUAAAUAUUCACCACCAUUAUUUUUAAAGAAUAUUGUUUUCAUUCGUGAAAAUAAUACAAAUAACUUUUUUCUAUCAAAUAAAUAUGCUCUCCUAUUUUGUUAUUUUAAUGAUGCAUCUGCUUUUUGCAAUUAUAUGAAAAAUUAUACAGGAAAUCUUAUUUUUGUCAUUGGACCGAAAGCAGACGAACAUCGUUGGACGGAUCCAAUGCCGUUUGAUAAAACAUUUAACGAAUAUGGUUGGAGAUUAAUAGACAAAAAAGAAAUGGAACGAACUAACGAUUAUAUUACUGUUUACAACAAGUGA